UUGAAUGUGUCAGCAUGAUGGUGAUACUACUGAACUGUGUCACACUUGGAAUGUAUCAACCCUGUGAUGAUAUGGAUUGCCUCUCCAACAGAUGUAAAAUUUUGCAAGUGUUCGAUGACUUCAUUUUUAUAUUCUUUGCUAUGGAAAUGGUGCUGAAGAUGGUGGCCCUGGGGAUAUUUGGCAAGAAAUGCUACCUUGGAGAUACCUGGAACCGCCUGGAUUUCUUCAUUGUUAUGGCUGGGAUGGUGGAAUAUUCCCUGGAUCUUCAAAAUAUUAACUUGUCUGCAAUUCGCACUGUUCGUGUUCUGAGGCCCCUCAAAGCCAUUAACCGAGUGCCUAGCAUGCGAAUAUUGGUGAAUUUGCUCUUGGACACAUUACCCAUGCUGGGGAAUGUUCUCCUUCUCUGCUUCUUUGUCUUCUUCAUCUUUGGCAUCAUCGGUGUGCAGCUGUGGGCUGGUCUAUUGAGAAACCGCUGUUUCAUGGAUGAGAACUUGACAACACAAGGUAACAUCACUCUUCCUCCCUAUUAUCAACCUGAGAAGGAUGAUGAAAUGCCCUUCAUCUGUUCACUGUCAGGCGAUAAUGGUAUCAUGGGCUGUCACGAGAUACCCCCACUCAAAGAACGGGGCCAUGUGUGCUGCUUGGACAAGGAUGACUACUUCUACUACACCUCAGUCAGGCAGGAGUUCAACGUCAGUGGCAUGUGCGUUAACUGGAACCAGUAUUACAAUGAAUGUCGUACAGGCAAUACCAAUCCACACAAAGGGGCAAUCAACUUUGAUAAUAUUGGCUAUGCAUGGAUUGUUAUAUUCCAGGUGAUCACUCUGGAAGGAUGGGUGGAGAUUAUGUAUUAUGUGAUGGAUGCUCAUUCAUUUUACAACUUCAUUUACUUCAUUUUGCUGAUCAUUGUGGGUUCCUUUUUUAUGAUCAAUCUGUGCCUAGUAGUCAUUGCCACCCAAUUUUCUGAGACCAAGCAACGAGAACACCAACUGAUGCAAGAGCAGCGAGCACGAUACCUGUCCUCCAGCACUGUGGCCAGCUAUAUGGAACCAGGAGAUUGUUACGAAGAGAUCUUCCAAUAUGUCUGCCACAUUGUUCGUAAAGCUAAGCGUCGUACCCUUGGCUUCUACAACAGCCUGCAGGAUCGUCGUCUCGGCCAAACAGAAACAGGCACUGCCAAACAGAGAGUGAAUGGAAAAGACCGGAAGCAAUACUCACGUUGCCGGAAACAUUCUUCUAUUGAUUACAUGCCUCAAGGACUUGGUCAGCCUACUACCAAGACAUUGGUCUCUGAACCCAGCAACUGCCCCAAAUGUUACAAGGCUCAGCCAGAAGCAACCCAAAGACUUUCUGUGCUUGAUAGUGUCAAUUCAGACCAGGAAGAUGGGAAAAAAGCCUGCGACCAAGAGGGAGAUGGCGGGAAAGGAGUCAUGGAGUCUAACACCGAUUUGGAAAAAGAAGAGGAUGAUGGAGAAGAGAGAGGACAGCUCAUGGUUUGCAAUGAUAUGUGGCAAGAAGUAAGAGUCAAAUUGAGGGGAAUUGUGGAAAGCAAAUACUUCAACCGUGGAAUCAUGAUUGCAAUCCUCGUAAACACCAUCAGCAUGGGCAUUGAGCAUCAUGAACAGCCAGAGGAGCUGACAAAUAUUUUGGAAAUUUGCAAUGUUGUGUUUACCAGCAUGUUUGCCCUGGAGAUGAUUUUGAAACUUGCCGCUUUUGGUCUCUUUGAUUACCUUCGCAACCCAUACAACAUUUUUGACAGUAUCAUUGUCAUCAUCAGCAUCUGGGAGAUCAUAGGUCAGGCUGAUGGUGGCCUCUCAGUGCUGAGGACAUUCCGGCUUUUGAGGGUGCUGAAGUUGGUGAGAUUCAUGCCUGCCUUGAGGCGUCAACUUGUGGUGCUGAUGAAGACAAUGGAUAAUGUAGCAACCUUCUGCAUGCUCCUCAUGCUCUUUAUCUUUAUCUUCAGCAUCCUUGGAAUGCACAUCUUUGGUUGUAAAUUUAGUCUUAGAACUGACACAGGAGACACAGUCCCUGACCGGAAAAACUUUGACUCCUUACUUUGGGCCAUUGUCACUGUAUUCCAGAUCUUGACACAGGAGGAUUGGAAUGUUGUACUUUAUAAUGGCAUGGCCUCAACCUCUCCAUGGGCAUCACUUUAUUUUGUUGCUCUCAUGACCUUUGGAAAUUAUGUUCUCUUCAACCUACUGGUGGCGAUCCUAGUGGAGGGAUUCCAGGCAGAGGGUGAUGCUAACCGCUCAUAUUCAGAUGAGGACCAGACUUCAUCAAAUAUUGAAGAAUUUGACAAGUUCCAGGAUAGUUCAGAUCCAAAGCUUUGUGCAAUUCCCAUGACUCCAAAUGGACAUCUUGACCCCAACCUUCCUUGUCUAAACCAGCCUGGGGCAACUGCUGGAAUGAUGAAUCCAUCCCGCAAUACUCUGCAGUCAGAUAUCCUCAUGGCCCUGGAAUCUCGGAAAAGCAGCGUGAUGUCUUUAUCUAGCUCCCGUAGCUCUCAUCACCAUGGGGCUCGGUAUCAUAGCGGAGGCUGGGGAAGCAGACGUUCCAGUUGGAACAACCUUGCUCGAGGACAUAGCCUCAAACACAAGCCUUUUUCAGCUGAACAUGAAUCACUUUUAUCUGGGGAGCGGCACAUGAUAACAGAGGCAGAACGAGAAAGGCCACUAAUUCACCAUCAUCGACGGACAUUUUCAUUGGAUACCAAAGAUUCCUCUGAACUGGAAUUGGCUCCAAUAGUCUCAUCCGGGAACAAGCCAUCAUGGAAGAUAGGAGUGACUCUAGGGCCAAGCAAGCACCAGGACUGCAAUGGUAAAAUGCCCACAAUCGCUAAGGAUAUCUUUCCAGAAAUGAACAAUCGGAAAGAUCAUGGAGAAGAUGACGAAGAGAUAGAUUAUAGCCUGUGUUUCCGUAUAAAGAAGAUGAUAGAGGCCUACAAGCCAGAUUGGUGUGAGUUGCGGGAAGAUUGGUCCAUCUAUUUAUUCUCACCAGAAAACAAAUUUCGCAUUCUCUGCCAAACUAUCAUUGCUCAUAAACUAUUUGAUUAUAUCGUCCUGGCCUUCAUUUUCUUGAACUGUGUUACUAUUGCCUUGGAGAGACCUGAGAUUGAACAGAGGAGCACAGAGAGAAUCUUCCUCACGGUGUCCAAUUACAUCUUCACAGCAAUCUUUGUUGCUGAGAUGACACUGAAGGUAGUAUCUCUUGGUCUGUAUUUUGGAGAACAGGCCUACCUACGCAGUAGUUGGAAUAUCUUGGAUGGCUUUUUGGUGUUUGUAUCCAUUAUUGAUAUCGUAGUUUCAGUAGCCUCUGCUGGAGGAGCCAAAAUCCUAGGAGUGCUAAGAGUCCUCCGACUUCUGCGCACUUUACGCCCCCUAAGGGUCAUCAGCCGUGCUCCAGGUUUGAAGCUGGUGGUUGAAACUCUCAUUUCAUCACUCAAGCCUAUUGGAAAUAUUGUCCUCAUCUGCUGUGCUUUCUUUAUAAUCUUUGGAAUUCUUGGAGUGCAGCUUUUCAAAGGAAAAUUCUACCAUUGCCUAGGUGUUGAUAUCCGAAAUAUCACAAAUAGGUCUGACUGCAUGGCUGCCAAUUACAAAUGGGUGCAUCAGAAAUACAACUUUGACAAUCUGGGCCAGGCUUUGAUGUCACUCUUUGUUCUGGCUUCCAAAGAUGGCUGGGUUAAUAUUAUGUACAAUGGACUGGAUGCUGUGGCUGUAGAUCAACAGCCAGUGACCAACAACAACCCUUGGAUGCUACUUUACUUCAUUUCUUUCUUACUCAUCGUCAGCUUCUUCGUGCUCAACAUGUUUGUAGGGGUGGUGGUGGAGAAUUUCCACAAGUGUCGGCAACACCAAGAAGCCGAAGAGGCCCGGAGGCGGGAGGAAAAGCGUUUGAGGCGCCUGGAGAAGAAACGUAGGAAAGCACAGCGCUUGCCGUACUAUGCCACCUACUGCCCUGUCCGCCUCCUCAUCCACUCAGUCUGCACCAGCCACUACUUGGACAUCUUUAUCACCUUUAUAAUUUGCCUCAACGUCGUAACAAUGUCUUUGGAGCACUACAACCAACCUGUGUCCCUGGAGACUGCUCUUAAGUAUUGCAACUACAUGUUUACUACAGUCUUUGUUUUGGAAGCAGUUUUGAAGCUUGUGGCCUUUGGACUGAGACGCUUUUUUAAAGACAGGUGGAACCAGCUGGAUCUAGCUAUUGUUCUGCUCUCAGUCAUGGGAAUUACUCUGGAGGAGAUUGAAAUCAAUGCUGCACUUCCAAUCAAUCCCACCAUCAUCCGCAUCAUGAGAGUGCUUCGUAUUGCCCGAGUUUUGAAGCUGUUGAAGAUGGCAACUGGGAUGAGAGCUUUAUUGGACACAGUAGUGCAAGCACUGCCACAGGUUGGUAAUCUUGGACUCCUCUUCAUGCUCCUUUUUUUCAUCUAUGCUGCUCUAGGAGUGGAGCUUUUUGGCAAACUUGUAUGCAAUGAUGAGAACCCAUGUGAAGGAAUGAGCCGCCAUGCUACCUUUGAGAAUUUUGGAAUGGCCUUUCUCACACUUUUCCAGGUUUCCACUGGUGACAACUGGAAUGGCAUUAUGAAGGAUACACUACGUGACUGCACUCAUGAUGAUCGGAGCUGCCUGAGCAACCUACAGUUCAUCUCUCCACUCUACUUUGUUAGCUUCGUGCUCACAGCCCAAUUUGUCCUCAUCAAUGUUGUAGUAGCUGUCCUUAUGAAGCACCUAGAUGACAGCAACAAGGAAGCACAGGAGGAUGCAGAAAUGGAUGCCGAGAUUGAGCUUGAGAUGGCACAUGGAUUGUGCCCUCAGAGCACGAGCUCAUUGAAUCCUGGACAAGAUGGAGGAGGUGGGAGAAAGGACUCUGAAGGACAUCUAUGCAUGACAUGUUACUCUCCAGCACAGGAGAACUUAUGGCUGGACAGUGUGUCUUUAAUAAUUAAAGACUCCUUCGACGGGGAGUUAAUGAUCAUCGAUAACCUAUCGGGCUCCGUCUUCCAUCAUUACUCCUCGCCGGUCAUGUGCGAGAAGUGUAACCAUGACAAGCAAGAGUUUCAUUUUGGAGAAACUUCUUCUAGAUGGGUUAGACUCCCUCACAUCUGUAAAGCCUACAAGCAAAAUGGUUCAUUCCCUGCAAUCCAGCUGGCUGAAAUGGAGGCCUUAUCGCUCAAUUCUGAUAAGUCUUCUAUCCUGCUAGGAGAUGAUGGAGAUAGUUCCAACAUUGACCAGCCAAGCCCUAAGGAAAAGGAUGGUGAAGACAGCCCUAAUUCUACAAGGAAUACAAACGUGGAAGAAUGUCUCUUCCCUUUAACAAAUACAGGAUCUUCUCUGCCUCCAGAAAGCUACCAGUAUGAAAUGGAAAAAAUCCCUUUCAGUCGAGCUCAGUCUUGGCUAAAUAAUGAGACCAAUGAAGUUGAAACUGAGUUUUUUCUCCCAGAUGUUUCUGCUAAACUGCCAAGUCAAGAGAAAGUAUCUUGUCCAGAGAAGCUUCCUAAAAUCUCUCUGCAAGCUUCCUGGGCCUCACUGCAAUCUCCAAAUGUAAACUCCUCACUUAUUCACCAGACCACAGAGAGUGACACUUCCCUUGACGAUGGCAGGAGCAAUAGCUCAGAAGGAAGCUUGCAGACCACACUGGAAGACAGUUUAAACCUUAGUGACUCACCCCAGUGUACCCUAGAUCUCCCGGUCGUAUUAUGCCCAGUGCCAGCAGCCACCCAAAAAGCUUUGGUGGUCCCGCUUUCCCCUGCCUCCCGAAGGCAAAGCAUAAGGGGCCGUGGCAUCUUCACUCUCCAGAACAUCAGGAGGCACCAGCGGAGCCACAGCAGUGGAGGAAGCACUAGCCCAGGUUGUACUUAUCAUGAUUCCAUGGACCCUUCUGAUGAAGAAGGGAUAGGGAGCAGCCUAAGGGGAGGAGGCAACAGCAGUGAGCAGUCAGAGACCCUCAGCAGUUUCUCUCUGACUUCUCUCUUUUCACCACCUCCUCCAUCUCAAGCUCUGGCACUUGUGAAGAAGUGCAACAGCACCAGCAGUCUCCAUGCCAACUCUUCUUCACGGAGUUCUGCAGCAAAUGAAGCCAAGCAGUUCUACUCAGUUGACCCAAGGGGUUUUUUAUCCAUGCCAUCUUGGGUGACAGACUUCUGCAAGAACAGCCCUUCUCCGAGAGAGGGUGAUGUACCAGAGGGCUUAGACAAAAUUGGGACUCCAGACCACAGCCCCCCAGUUCCUUCUGAGUUGCAGCUGGGGACCAGAGUCAGCAAGAGACAUAGAUGAGUCUCCCUGCGGCUGGGAGGAAGGAUGAAAUGUGAAAGAGGCUUGUUCUGGUUGCCACUUCCUAACAGCAGUUCCCAAUGAGAGGACUGUGGAAAGGGAAAAAAGCAACCACACAAAAUAUAAAUAUGUAUGUCUGUAUGUGUGCACGUGUGUAUGUGUGUCCGCUUGUGUGUAUGUGUGGAAAACAAGACUUUUGUACCAUACCUCAGAGACUUGAGAGAGUGAUAGCAAUAUGAGAACAUCCCACAUUUGCAGGGUGCCACUACCUCUGCAAAGAUGACAGUGGGACAAAGUUAAGAGGGUGAAGAAGACACUCCAACCAAAUAACUAGCUGGCUGGAUGCAGCUAUUUAGCCCUCUGCAUAUACAAAUAUAUAUGUACAGAUAUAUAGAAUGAUUUAUUUAUUUUUUUUACAGAGAGCUUAGGACUUCCAGAAAGUGCUAAGUAUGAAAAGGGCAGGGUCUUGGGAAAAAUAACUUUAAAAUGAAAUGGGGAAUCCAGCCAGAUUUUUAGGGCUUGGGUAUCUCUUUCAAGCAAAAUUGCAUAAUUCAUGUUGUGUUUUGUGGGGUGGUGAUGGUGGUGGUAGUAAAAACUAUGAUCCCAUCGUGGUGGGAGGGUGGGGAGCUUGUUAUAUGAAGAUACUCUUUGGAGAUACUUCGAGGGGGUGCAACAGCAUCUGAAGCUCAGCUUUGUUAAACUCCUCAGGUAGCAUCAGUGAAAUUCUCAGACUCCUUAAAUGUGAACACAUCCAACAGAAAAGUCGAUGUGGGCUCUGUAGAAUUGAAAGCUCUAGGUGGCCUUCCCCAGUAAGGACACCCUUGGGAAGUUUUAGUUGCCGGAGGGUAAUGAGAAGAACCAGAAGGCAAAAGCAGAAGCCACAUGGCAAAUUACUCGGUGCUCUGAUUUUCUUUGAUUGUGCUUUGUUUGUUUGUUCGUUUGUUUGGGGGAGGAUUUGGAAAGAAAGCUAUGUGGGGAAAACCACUUUGUACUGCUUAGGGAUCGGGAUUUGUAGUUUAUUUUGUUUACUAUUCAAUAUUUGUGGGGGGAAAAAUCUAUUUUAGAAGCCCAGAGGUGCAAAAACCAUCUCUAAAGAAAGGUAUGCUAUUUUUUACAAAUAUAUUGAAAGAAAAAAAAAAAAGCUAGAGAAUGAGGAAGAAGUGUAACAAGCUCUUUGUAUCCAACAUAGGCCUGUUAUUUUGAUCCUUCCAGAACCAUUUCUAUGUUUCCAUAAGAAAAGAACACAAUAAUGCCUUUCAUGGCUUUGUUAGCUAAGUUAAGGGGGUGUCCCUUCAAUAGUGUCAGAUGAGAUGCCUCCAGCCAUUCUAAAAAUGUAAAGCAAUUGAUUAGCAUUUUUUUUUUACUGAUAAUCAGGCCAAGCUGCAUGUCAUGAUUUGACACUGCAUGUAACUUUUUGAAAUUAUAGAUAAUUGCUAGAAUGGGAGAAGCAAGACUGGAACCAUAACAUAAAAGGAGGAAAAAUAAAUCCAAAAAUCUCUGUCAAAUCCAUUACUAGAUUGGGGGGGCAGUGACUUUUGCACUACAUUCAUGACAAAAAUUCCAUUUCACACUUGUGGGAUCUGCUAUUUGAAAUGAAAAGGAAAUUAGCAUCAGUAAGAGCUUCUCUUCUAAGCCAAGCAAUGUUUGAUUAAUAGGGUGGCACUGGAGAAAAUAUUGUUCUCCCAGUUAUGAUCCAGCUGCUAUUUUCUCUUUUAGAAUAACAGCAAACUGUCUAUUUAAUGUCACGUGUUAUUUGGCCUUAAGUGAGCAUGUGUAUGCAUGGCUGUAUAUGGAGGAUGGAGUGCUAGAGGCAGAAGACUGGAUAGCUGAAGCUUGCUCAGUUAUAUGGCAUCUGGGAUCAUUCUCACAAUAAACUUCUUUCCCUGUUAUAAACCACAUUUUCAGCAAUUCAGUCACUUUCAAGAUACCUUUUUAUCAUAAUGUUUCCAUUAUUAGCCAAGCCAUCAAGCAGAAAGCCUGGCUUCUGAAAAUACUAUCAUUUUCUAUUUCAAGGCAAGAAUGGAACAAUCAUAGGUACAAUUCCCGAAUUAUUUUGUUAUGACACCCCACCCCACCCCAAAAAAUCUGGCAAUUUAAAUGACUUGGGCUGGUCUAUGAUAUACAGAAAUGGGCAGUUGAAGGUUUUCCGUUGCAUGAAAAUAUUCUAUUUCGGUAGUUUAUUGCUGUAGAUUGAAGUACUCUUAAAGACAGAUCCAGGCUGAAAGUUGUCAACUGAUUUAAAGUGCUCUGGGAAAAAAUGUUAACAGGAAAUCUCAUUUCCUUGAAACUUGCUCAUCUUCCACGAGAGACUCAGUCCAUAUUCCAAGAUUGGAAAGGUGUGGGGGGGGAGGGGAGAGGGAGACUUCUUCCUGGAACUGAAGUAUAUCUUUUCCCUGAAAAAUUGAGUCAGUCUCAGUUGAUUUAAUAACCCACCUUUACAUAUUUGGGCUCAGCAUCAAGAGCCUUUCAACAUUAAGGACUUUAGCAGAGAAUUUUAGAAGACAUGGCAAUGCUGAGUUGUACAUCAGAAGGCUGCUUUGCUUUUAGUGUAAUGAAUCAAUGAAUACCAAAUAUGUUACAAUAGGUAGGAGAUGAAAUCCUGAUGAAUGCAUCUCUUGAAAAGUAAUGUGUGUGUUUUUAGAGAGUACAAAACUAAAAUGAAGAGUGACUAAUGCAGAAAAGAAGGAAGGAGUUCCUGACUGCUUCAGAGAAGGAUCAAGGUCGUCAUUAAUAAAGCAAUAAUAGUCCUCAUUUUAAAUGUUUUGUGUGUGCGUCUGUGUGUGCGUGCACACAGGCACAUUAGCUUGUAGCAUGCUUUCUGCUUGUUCUUUAUGAAGCAGAAAUGAUGGGUGAAAAAAGCAGACCUCUUAAAUGUUUUUUGAAAGGACAAGGAAGCCAUCCAUAUCAACGCAUAGUAAAAAAAACUGAACUGAGCUUUGGCACUACUCCAUCUGCAGACCCAGUUAUUUCUGUUUAUCAUAACUGUGUGACUAUUUGCAGUUAUGGAAAAGCAGUUAAAUGAUAACUUUAACAGCAAUGCAGAAAUCAACCAAGGCACUGCAGUUUUAGUCUGCCAGCCACAAGAGCUGUGUAAAUCUUUUCCAAUAGGUAGAUAGGAAUUUCAUGUUCUGGUUGGAUCUUGUCUGCUCAAAUGUAUGGGAAUGUAAGUUAUAUAACUAAUAUAACUUUCUCAUUUGUAUGUGUUGCCAGCAUUGUUCCAGGUUGUCAUGAUGUGAGCUGAAUGUUUGACAUUGAAUUUGUGCUUAAUUGUACUUGAAGAGUCGAGAGACCAAAAAGAAAACUUACAUGCCUAGAAAGUGUUUGCACAGUCUGUGAUUUGGACAAAUUUAGCCUUAAAAAGAUAGUAAGAUAGUUAUGAAAAGGAGCUGGGAGCUUGUGUAGGAUUAGAAGUGACCAAAACUCUGAAGAUUUUCACAAGAGAAGAGGGACAGCAACUCCUCCCUGACCACAAUUUUGUCCCUGCAUCAGGUUUAUACUGCAAUUUUUAUUUUGACUGGACAGUAUAUAAUUUUAUGUAAUAUGUUAUUUAUAGAGCCCUAAAAGUGACCUACAGACAGUAUGACAACUUUGAAAUGUGUAUCACUAUAGAGUUCAAUCCUAUGUAUGUUUUAUCAAAUUUAAGUUUCAUUCUCCAACAGUGUUGGGGUGAUAGGUCUCCAACAUUCAUGUUUGAGAAAACAUUGUCUUACAAUUUUGGGCAGGUUAUAUUUAAGAACACAAAAUUAAAUUAUUUUCUGCUAAAGUUCUAGGUUGGAUUACAUUGAAAAAAAGAACAACCUUGAAUUAAAGAAUAGUAGCAUCUGAUGAUGUUAAUAUAAAAUUAUAUUCCUAACAACAAGAAGGUGCAGAUAAGCCUAGAUUUAGCCACAGAUGCAUUGUAAUCUGAUGCAAUUUACAGUAUGAAGUAAUAUUCUGUUAGGAUAUUAUUAGCUGUGUAAAAUUACACAAUGGCAUUCCAAGAACUGAUCACCCAACAACUAUCUUAGCAUCAAUCAUAUCACAUAAGAAAUUAGAGAAGCACUUUGCUGAUACCAGGGGCCAAUUCAUCUUCAGGGAUAUAAUUCUAGAUACCAAUUCAUACUUUAAUCAUACCAAAUUUCUUCAGAGAAUACAUGUAGAGUUCACAGCUGAUCUUAAACCAUAUGGAAAAUCAUAAAAGAAGGAGGUGUCCUCCUGAAUAAUCAUUAGCAUGAAAGUGCUACAACACAUUGAAUUCUGGCUUCCAAUUGAUAUGGAACUGACAUAUAUACAGUAGUGUUUCUCAUUGUAGACAAGUCUUCUGUAAUAUGAGGACCAGAUCUUUAGCGUAACUUGGAGAAGGGAGAGAAUACUUGCUAUACUUUAGGCAUUGAGCUCUACAUGUGAUCAAGCAUCUAAAUUGAUCCCUCCUGAUGACCAUUUAGUGUUCUAGGCCACAGUUUCUCUGUGAUUUCUGGAUAGGAUAUUUUAAUCUCAUCACAACAACAACAACAAAAGACUUCUUCAUCUAUGUCACAUAUACAUGCUUCAACAUUCUGACCAGUUUCAUACUAACAUGUAUUUCAAGAAGCAUUUUUCUGAUGUUAGUAGGCUUGAAUCAAAUUGAGCAAAUUCUGUGAUUCUGGACUCAUCUCCUUUGUGUUUGCAUGUGUGUCUGUGUUUUCAGACACUUUAAUCACUUACUUUAAACUUUUAGAAGUAGGGGUUGUUUCCAUCAGAAAGUUGCAAGAGGAUUCUGUUUGUGAUCCAAAGAUGCUUAGCCAGUUGUCUAGAUUUAAAGCGAAUUUUUCCUUACUCACAAAUAUAUACAAGAUUGCCUUCUUAGUUUAGUGUGUGCCUAUGCGGCAGAUGUCUUGAAUUACAAUGCAGGAAAUGAAUAGAACUAAUUGAAAAAAUUAAUAAUUUCGGUUGUGAACUGUAGAAUGUAUGCUGGCCUUUGUUGCAGGUAAUAUUUAUUUAUUUUUAUUUUUUAAAGGUGCUACUGCUUAUUCAUGACAAUAGAAGUCCCAAGUAAUUUGCAUUAUAUUGUAUAUAAUUUGAACACAUGACAGCAGAGACACCUUCAUGUCAUCAACUACAUCCCACUCUUCCUUCAAAAACUGGAUUCUUUUUGCUUAUGUUUUAUUUCACUACACAAGCAAAGCAACAAAAAAAAAAUCUGGCUUAGCCUAGGAAAGGCUGGUUACUAUGGCAACUGAAGACGAAGUUAUCUUUAGAGAAUAUUUUGUCUCUUGCUUUUAAUUAUUUACUAAUGGUUUUGAAGAAAAAAGAGGAAAUAUCUAUUCUUCCCAGAGAGAAGUUAUUAAAAUGCAACAAAAUUGGCUCUUUGUGCAUAUUAGCUUAGAACAAGGCUUCUAUGCCAUAUUUGAGAAUUGGGUGUGGGGGGAAAAAUCUGUUUAUACCUGGUUGGUUUUAUUUUCUUCAGUGGCUCUUUAGUUCAGUCCCUUUAAUAGGGAGUCCCAGAAAAUCUCUGCAGCCCCUCUCUGUUUCUGUGUUCAUUUUAGAAUCUCUUCAAUCACAGAAACCUCAAAAGGAGGAAGUCUCAUUGCAAUUCUUCCUCAGUAAAUGAAAUAUUUAAAAAAUAUCACAAGAGACAAUUGCACUUUGUGUAGAAAGUUUUGAAGAUUAAAGUAUUGCCUUUUGACAAAAAUUA